CUUGGUGAUUAAUUUAAUACUCAUCACACCAAGGUUUAAGGAAAUAAACAAGUGAAACUUACAAACCAUCUCCUUUCUUGAUCCAUUUAGCUUCAGAAUGUAUUUAGUUAUUCAAAAAUGAAUAAAAAAAAAAAAAGACAAAACACAUAAUCUAUUGGCCUCAAAAUCAAGAAUUCAAGAUUAUGUAAAUGAAGUGUGCGGCUUAAAUAAACAUUAAUGUUUUCGAGGGGACAAUCAAUGGUCCUAGCAAAAAGGUUAGGGAAAGUGACUACCCAAGCUUUUAUAGGAAAACUUGGACCUUGGAGGAGUGAACAAAGGUUGCUAUAAGAGAAAAACAAAGGAAAUGGAAGUUCCCAAUAAUGCUGCAAAGUUUGUGUGUUGUGUAUGAUUUCUCCCAGGUAUCUGGUGACUUGCCUUGGUGAAAUUGGCUUUAUGUAGAUUGUGGUUGUGGUGGACAAAAAAAAGGCCAAAUUUGGGGUGUUGUCUUCAAGUGCAAGGGGGGACUUUGAGGACAAAAUGUUGGCAGAUUCUAUCUCCUGUACUCUUGUUUUUAUAGAGAUUUCAUAUGGUUUCUAAUUGAGGUUAGAUUAGAACAAUGUUUUCUUUGACAUAAAAUAUUAUGGCUUAAAUCGUGUCUGAAAUUACUAUAAAACCGACAGUAUUCAUUUUUUUCCUCCCAGUUUCAAUUUCCAAAACCAAACACAAGGAAGAAUGGACAAAACAAACGGGAAGGCCAUUUGAGUAAACUCACAGCUUUUCCCUCCUAAAGAUCACAACAGAUAAAUCCCAAUAUCUCAAAAAUCCCCCUCCUCAUGAGGCUUUAAGAAAGGAACUGCUGAGAACGAAGCUGUAUCCCAUAACCCAGGAAAAAAGAAAGAAAGAGAAAGCAGAAGAGAGAACUACAAAGCUAUUAUUUUUAUUAACCCAUUAAAUUGCAAUUCAUUUUUGAGUUAUGUGGCCAAUGGCCAUGGCUUCACUACAAUGACACAAACCCGAUAUUUCGGAACCCGAACAGGAAAAAAACGGAGGGGGAGGAGGAGCCGCCAUGAGAGUGAUAGUUCCUCUACAGGGCGUUGUUCAAGGAAGAGGAGGCUUAGUUUUAGGCUCCAUCAUCCCUUGCGCGCUCUUUUACUUUCUCCAAUUCUAUUUGAAGCGACAUCGUCAUGACCAGGAUGACCAGAACGAAUCCAAUUCUCUUGAUGAAAACCCAUCUACCCGGUCUCCGUCGUCCGGGAAGUUGGCGCAGCUUCCUGGGUUGACACGUAGUCUGUCUCGAGCUUCGCUUUCGCCGAAAGGUCAGAGUGGACCCGUCACGAUUUCAGGUCGGGUUAGUGGGAUUAUUAAGGGUGCGGAUUCUCCGUAUUAUGUGGGGUUGAGACGGGUCAAGGAAGAUCCUUAUGAUGAAUUGGGUAAUCCGAAUGGGGUCAUCCAGCUGGGUUUAGCAGAAAACAAUUUGUCGUUGGAUUUGGUUAAGGGUUGGCUAGCGGAGAAUGGGAAAGAAGCGCUAUUGGGAAAUGGUGAAGACCCCAGCAUUAGCAGGAUUGCAACUUACCAGCCUUUUGACGGAUUAAUGGAGUUGAAAGUGGCUGUGGCAGGAUUCAUGUCUCAAGUCAUGGAGAAAGCUGUUUACUUCCACCCUUCACAGGUAUUGCUGACUGCUGGUGCGACCCCUGCAAUUGAGAUUCUUAGCUUCUGCUUAGCAGAUGCUGGAAAUGCAUUUCUUGUUCCAACGCCAUAUUACCCUGGUUUUGACAGGGAUGUAAAAUGGCGGACUGGGUUGCAAAUAAUACAUGUUCCUUGCCGAAGUGCUGACAACUUCAAUUUAAGUGUAGCUUCUCUUGAUCAAGCAUUCAACCAGGCAAAAAAACGUGGGCUGAAAGUACGUGGGAUAAUAAUAUCAAACCCAUCAAAUCCUGUUGGCAAUCUUCUAAGUCGAGAAACACUUUACAGCCUGCUAGACUUUGCCAGGGAGAAGAACAUCCAUAUUGUCUGUAAUGAAAUAUUGGCUGGUUGCACUCAUGGAAAUGAAGAAUUUGUGAGCAUGGCGGAAAUCAUUGACCUGGAAGAUGUUGACCGGAAAAGAGUCCAUGUAGUGUACGGUUUGUCGAAAGAUCUUUCUCUUCCAGGUUUCAGGGUUGGUGUUAUCUACUCUUUUAAUGAGGAGGUUUUGGCUGCUGCUAAGAAGUUGACAAGGUUCUCAUCCAUAUCGGCUCCAACCCAGCGUUUGCUCAUCUCUAUGCUAUCCGAUACAAAAUUUGUUCAUUCAUUCAUCACCAUUAAUAGGGAGAGGCUCCAAAGAAUGUAUGUUAAGUUUGUGGCAGGGUUGAAAAAAUUGGGCAUAGAGUACAUAAAGGGUAGCGGGGGCUUCUACUGUUGGGCUGAUCUGAGCGGGUUAAUCAGUUCUUACAGUGAGAAAGGGGAACUUGAGCUUUGGGAUAAGUUGUUGAAUAUAGCCAAGGUCAAUGUAACUCCAGGGUCUUGUUGUCAUUGCAUCGAACCUGGAUGGUUCAGCUUCUGUUUUGCCACAUUGACAGAGAAAGAUAUCCCUGUAGUUAUGGAAAGGAUUCAGAAAGUUUCUGAAAUCUGUAAAUUGAAUUGUUGAGAUGCUGUUAUUUUGUUCAUUGAUUUUACCCAACCCACUGAUUUUUUUUUUUUAUAGAAAACUAUUUCUUUGACACUACGGUACGGUGGAAAGUCA